UUUUAAGAUACUUAGACAAGUUUUCAUAAAUGUGUUUUUCAAGUAAAUUUUCUGUAUAAAAUUUUCGUGCUAAUAUGCAUAGUUAUAUAAUUUUAUUUUAAAAAUUCAUCAAUUAUGAAGUAUAUAAUUGAAUUUGCAGAUUAAAUCUUUAUUACAAUUAAGUAAUAUUUUGCAGUACAUUCAUUAAAAAUGGGUCUAUUGACAGAUCCAUCAGUUGGUCAUGGAGCUCUAACUAGUAUUUUUGUACGACAUCACAAUCGGUUUUGUAUAGUUAUGUACAUUGGAUCUUUAAUAUUAUUUUGUGUUUUAGCACACAAUAGUUUUAAUUCACAAACAUAUUUUUCUGAAAAUGCCCUUCUUCCUGGAUUGGUUAAAGGCCAAAUGAAUGAUAACACAGGAACAUCUUUUAGAGAACAUUAUCGAGAACUAAAGUCAGAAGCCUAUGAUUAUGACAAUGAAAUGCCUCAUUCUUAUUUGCUUACAAAAUUAAAAAAAUUACGUUUGGAAACUUACUCACAUAAUUUUACAUUGAAUUACCCAUUAAAGAAAAGCAUUAAAUAUGUUGGACGUAACAUUUAUGGUAUUUUAAGGGCUCCUAGAGGAGCCAGUACUGAAUCAAUAGUUUUAAGUGUACCAUAUAGAUCUCCAAUUAGCAUUUUACCCAGUACAUUACCUGGACUUGCAAUUAUGUUUCAACUAGCACAAUUUUUUCGUCAACAAAAGUAUUGGGCCAAAGAUAUAAUAUUUUUAGUAACUGAACAUGAACAACUUGGUAUGCAAGCUUGGCUAGAAGCCUAUCAUGGGACGUGCUGUGGUUAUCCAGAUGUUUUAGACUCGGGAAAACUUAGUAGUCGAGCUGGUGCAAUCCAAGCUGCUCUUAAUUUAGAAAUACAUUCCGAAAAAAUUGAUCAUGUUGACAUUAAGUUGUCUGGCUUGAAUGGACAAUUACCUAAUUUAGAUUUAGUCAAUCUUGCUCAUCGAUUGUGUAGUAAAGAAUCAGUGAAGCAUACUUUUAAUAAUAAAGAUGGAGGAGAAAUCGGACGAUCUAAAAUUAUUAGUUAUAAAACAAAUCUAAGUACAAUGAUUUCAAUGGUAUUGACUCAAGCUACUGGAGUUCCAGAUGGUAAUCAUGGAUUGUUUCAUCGAUUUGGUAUUGAAGCUAUAACUUUAGAAGGUCAUGAAAAAAACGGUCGAGGUGUUUAUAUCAGUGUUCUUCAAAUAGGAAGGAUUGUUGAAGGAAUGUUUCGAAGUUUAAAUAAUUUACUUGAACGAUUUCAUCAAUCUUUUUUUUUUUAUUUAUUGCCAUCUACUGACCGUUAUGUUUCUAUCGGUUUUUACAUGCCUUGUUUAGUUUUGUUGGUUGGUGCUUUAUUUUUGAAAGCUUUUUCUACGUGGAUUCAAUAUACUUCAAAAAAUGAUGAUUCUACUGAUUUGUUUUUAAAAAAUGAAAAUUUAAAUGUGGCAAUUGUAAGUUUGAUUAUAUUGGGUUCACAUAUGUUUGGUUUAAUUUUGUUACCAAAUGUUGCUCCAUCAUACUUUACAUACCUUUGGAAUGAUAUGCCUACACACUAUGCCAUCUUAUUUGGAUAUGGAUUUAUUUCUUUGUUAAUUAUUGGAUUAUUGCCAAUUUUUCUAAAAAAGAGCUUAAAGUUUUUUACAACAUCUCACUGGGUUCUAUUACAUGUAAUUUGUCUUCUAGAACUAGGUAUAGGGCUCUUGUGCGUAUCUAUGCAUAAUUUCUCGUUUGGAUUUUCAAUGGCUCUUAUUUAUGUUAUUCCAGCUGUUAGCACAAAACCAAAUAACAAUAAGAUUUUGGUAAAAAUAUUUUGGCUUCUUGUUCAUCCUAUAUUUUUGCUAUUUUGGAUAACUUUAUACUUCACUAUCAUAAACUAUCCAGAAUUCAAUUUAAUAGAGUAUCUUUCUAAAACUAUUGAUGCUUCAGGACAAUGGAUUACACUUUCAGCUAUAGACAAUAUGGUAUAUGGAAAUUGGGUUUUUUCAGUUGCUGUUUUAUUAUUACUACCGGUUUGGUUGUCAUUUUGGUGUCUCUUAUUUCUUCCAGCUAAUUGGAAAGAUGACAAAUUAAAAAAAGAAUAGAGAAGAUAAUUUUACUUUUUAAUUUUUUAUUUAUUCAAUAAUUUAUUUACAAUCACAUUUAAAAGAAAUAAAAAAUAUGA